AUAACGAGGCUUGUACGCUAGUGACUCAACUGGGGCUGAAUGGGGGAGCUCAUUCAGCGUCGGUGCCCGCGUCCGCUGUCUGGUCAGGUUGCUCCAGUAGAGAGUGAUGUUCCUCGCAUGAGCCUAACGCUGUCAGCUAGACUGAUUGCUUCAACACGAUUCUACAGUCCUCAGCUUUCUGCAAUUGCAGACCAGAGCCAAGACGUUAUUGACUUGAGGUCCUUCAGCAAUGGCAAACCGUCAGCAAUUGUAAUUGGUGCCGGAUUUGCAGGCCUGGGCGCUGCAGGCGAGCUCCAAAAAGAAUUCAAGGUCACUGUUCUGGAGUCCAGGAAUCGAAUUGGCGGCCGCGUCCAUACCGACAGAAGUUUUGGUUUCCCAGUGGACCUGGGAGCAUCAUGGAUCCACGGGAUGUCCAAUUCGAACCCGCUUAUCCCGAUCAUCAAACAUCUGCGGCAACCGCUCUAUCAGACAAGUGAGGAGAACUCUGUUCUGUACGACCAUGAUCUUGAAAG